CUAAUAGUUACGAACGAGGAGUCGUCACCAACAAAAUGGCGGAAAACGUGGAGAGUGUUGAUGCAAGAACCACGGAAAUUCUUCAGGCAGUAACUCGUCAUAUCAACUGCCUCUCCGAAAACAACCGGGCUACCAAAAAGCGGGCACUCGAAAGCAUCCGCAGGGAAACUUUGGGCAAGAAACCGGCUCUGGAUCCCGAGAUAUUGCAGCGCGUUUUCGACAGUUUACUCAAACCGCUGUUGAAAUGCUUCGCAGACAGCGUUGAGAGAUGUCGCGAACUGGCCAUUGAUGCUGUGUCAGAAUUUCUUGACGCUGUUCCCAUGCCAGAGGGGUCGUUACCGUAUCUUAUGCCAACAGUCGUGCAACGAUUAGGAAACCAAGAAAUAGUUGAAACAUCAGAGGAACUGCGGCUAAGCCUUGUGAGUUUACUCGUAAAGCUUUCCGAGUUAACAAAAAAGAAAAUUGCGCCAUAUCUUGAUGACCUGGUCAAAAUUUUGCAACGAACUAUCGUCGAUCCAUUUCCGGAUGUCCGAAGAGAGAGCUGCAAGUGUACAAGUCUGGUGGCGCGUUCAAUUCCUGAGCAUUUCCACAUGCAGUCCGAAUCGCUCAUCACACCACUUCUGCAUUGCAUCAGUCACCAACACGCAAAAGUUCGCACGCAGUGCACCUUGACAAUCGGUGAUGUUUUACAGUACGGCAGUCACAAACCAAUGGACAAGGUUAUAUCCCACCUUGCGCAGCGAUUGUUUGACCAGUCGCCGCAGGUACGGGUAGCAGUGACUGAUGUGGUGGGCGGAUGGCUGCUGGACUUUGUUGACCGGUACUCUUUCCAUCAUAAGUUGAUCCCUCUUCUACUCACCAGCCAGACAGAUGAACUGCCAGACAUACAGCAGAGGGCUUUCAAACUUUGGGAUGAUAUUGGAGACAAAUAUGCCAAGGAGAAUGAAGAAGAACUGAAAGACCAGAUGGACUUUGGAAAAUAUGUCAAGUUACCUCCUGGAGAAACCAAAAGACCCAAUUUGGGCUGCCGCACCCUGAUCUUCCGUAACCUGUCCAAGAUCCUGCCGGGGCUCCUCCACGACCUGACUGACUGGACCACCUCCAAUCGCAUCAUGUCGGCCAAACUGCUGCGGAUGCUGCUGUUGAACGCCGAGGACCACACCACCCAGCACAUGGAGAAGCUGCUGUCGGGAAUGUACAAGGCCUGUGGCGACGAGGAGAAAGAGGUUGUGACGCAGAUACUCCAGUCUGCAGAGCUGGUGGGCUUCUUUGUGGAUCCAGCCAUCUACUGGAAGUUGAUGUCCCCAACUGUGCAGUUGGCUCAGAGUCCAGGCGUGCUGAUGACGCUGGCUGCGUUGAUCCGUGGAUCCACGCAGGAAGGCUUCCAUCCACAGCUGCAGAGCGUGUGCGACGUGCUGGUGGAUCCUGAAGUCUGCCGCGGCGAACAGCAUUCCUACCAAAUUCAUCUGGUGUCCUGCAUUGAAGCUAUCAUGGGUACUAGCAAGGAGCAGUGCAGCGAAGUCAGCCUAUCAUUACUCAUGGUGCUUGUAACUGUGCUAGCAUUGGAGAGGGACGAUGCACUGAAAAAUAAGACCAGAGACGUCAUAGAGUCCCUCGCCCAAGUACAAGGCAUGGAGAGUAGCAGCGCCCUCUAUAGGCAGCACAGCCGUCAGAUGCUUGACUUGCUGAAGGGAAACUACGAGCAGUGGACGAACUUCUCAGUGGAGCGGCCAAUCUUUGACACUUUGCUUACGGAAUCUGGUGUGCUGGUCAUCGAGCUCCUCGACGACAUUUUCCCCGUCUUGCAAGCCAACCUCAAGACCGACAAGGACCCGGAACUCCGUCUCAAGUUCUUCUCUCUCCUGUCGCGGCUGGUGAUGAAAGCCGGCGAGUCGCCCGAAGCCAAGGCCAGAUUUGGUGACUUCUCCUUAGUAGUGGUCAGGGAGAUGGUCAUACCCAACUGCGUGUGGCAUGGCGGAAGGACGGCUUCCGCCAUUCGGACCACUGGCAUAUCGUGUCUUUGGGCGCUGCUGCAGAGUGGCUUGCUGACUGCUGAACAAGUAAGCAGCGUGAUGGAUGACCUUCAAACCCAACUGACCUCCCUCCUCGAGGACGACAGCCGCUCCACCCGCCUCAUCACCUGCCGCGUCUUCCGCAAGAUCCUGGCCCUCUGCGGCGCGACCUUUGACCCGGACCGCCUGCACACCAUGUACAUGGAGCUGCUGAAGCGCAUGGACGACAGCAGCGACGAGAUACGCGUCGCCGUGGCCAAGACGUUCCAGACCUUCUUCCAGUGUUUCCCUGCCGACUACGACAGGGUUCUGUACCGGGCGCACCUGGAGACGCUGUACAGAGGCCUGCUGGUCCACAUGGAUGACCCGGAUCCAAAUAUACAGCAGGCUGUACUAGACAUACUGAAGCAGGCAGCCCCUCUGCACCCCAAGCUCCUCCAAGAGGAGGUGGAGACGGUCCGACACAAACACCGCAGCUUCUUGCUCUGCGAUGAGCUCCUUCAACACAUUAAGACUCUCACAGAAUGAACGGAACCAACGAACGCUGUCACAAACUAGGUCUCUUGUUUUGUUGAGGAGUAUUAAGGCAGCAGCUGUGAAACAUUUCUGAGAGUGGGGGCAAAGAACUGCCCAGACCAAAGACCUGAAGACCUGAUCUUCGGACAGGCAAUGGCCUAGUGCUUCUGAUAUCUAAUAUUGGUUGCUUUGCGUCUCGGCUGUGCCACCUUCCCUAUAGUUUGAUUGGCCUAUGUCUCCCAACCCGAAACCGACUUCGGGUCGGGUCGGGUCAGUUUGUCCAUCAUGUUAGUCGGGUCGGGUCAGUUUCGGUUUUGCGUUUGCAAUUUUCCGGUCGGGUCGGUUAAGCCAUUUUGGAAAAACCUGAAAUAAACCAAAAUGAACCGAAGCUGAAUGGAAAUUCACAUGGUGCACUAUUUAGUGCAGAAUCACUGCGCGCAGUGCGACUGAAAAUGGUUUGCAGUCUGGCUGGAUCGGUCUAUAACAUAUGUAGUCCAGUAGGUCACAUUGUGAGUACCACACGGCAUGAUUCAGUUACUGAAAGCUGACAUUUUUUUACACGAAGCGGGUCAGUUCAGGCGCAAAAAGCGGACACAUUUGCCGAAGCAUGAUAUUCGGUGUUUUUUUCGGGUUGGUUUGGUUUCGGCUCGGUUCGGGUCGGUUUUCUUUGUAUUGUUAUCAGGUCGGGUCGGUUUUAGGUAGUCCAGUUCGGUUUCGGCUCUGAUUUGGUUUAUCAAAUAAAUGUCUCUGGUCGGUUUAGCCUCGUCAACCUGACCCGAUGAAAAUCACUUCACACUCGGACUUCACCCUUAAAGAGGUUGUGGAAUGCUCGAAAACAUUUCCGUCAUUUUUCGGGUA